GUCCCUCCCUUGUUCCGAGGCGGGGAGCCUCCGGCGGGCGGGCUCCCUUUUCCCUCCUCCUCCCCCCCUUCCCCGAGGCCCCCCACCAUGGCCUCGACCCCCUGCACCCGCUUCACCGACGAGUAUCAGCUCUUCGAGGAGCUCGGAAAGGGGGCCUUCUCGGUGGUGAGGAGAUGCAUGAAAAUCCCUUCGGGACAAGAGUAUGCUGCUAAAAUUAUCAACACCAAGAAGCUCUCGGCCAGGGAUCACCAGAAAUUGGAAAGGGAAGCCAGAAUCUGCCGCCUUUUGAAGCACCCAAAUAUUGUGCGACUCCAUGACAGCAUAUCAGAGGAAGGAUUCCAUUACCUAGUCUUCGAUUUAGUCACUGGAGGGGAACUUUUUGAGGACAUAGUAGCGAGGGAAUAUUACAGUGAAGCUGAUGCAAGUCAUUGUAUACAGCAGAUUCUAGAAAGUGUAAAUCAUUGUCACCUAAAUGGCAUAGUUCACAGGGACCUGAAGCCCGAGAACUUGCUUCUAGCUAGCAAAUCCAAGGGAGCAGCUGUGAAACUGGCAGACUUUGGCUUGGCGAUAGAAGUUCAAGGAGACCAGCAGGCAUGGUUUGGUUUUGCUGGCACACCAGGAUAUCUUUCACCAGAGGUGCUAAGAAAAGAUCCCUAUGGGAAGCCAGUGGAUAUGUGGGCGUGUGGUGUCAUUCUUUAUAUUCUCCUGGUGGGUUAUCCUCCUUUCUGGGAUGAAGAUCAGCAUAGACUUUACCAGCAGAUCAAGGCUGGAGCAUAUGAUUUUCCAUCACCAGAAUGGGACACCGUGACUCCUGAAGCCAAAGACCUUAUCAAUAAAAUGCUUACCAUUAACCCUGCCAAAAGGAUCACAGCUUCAGAGGCACUGAAACACCCAUGGAUCUGUCAACGUUCUACUGUUGCUUCUAUGAUGCACAGACAGGAAACUGUAGACUGCUUGAAGAAAUUCAAUGCUAGAAGAAAACUAAAGGGUGCCAUUCUGACAACCAUGCUGGCUACAAGAAAUUUCUCAGCAGCCAAGAGUUUGCUUAAGAAACCAGAUGGAGUGAAGAUAAACAACAAAGCCAACGUGGUAACCAGCCCCAAAGAAAAUAUACCCACCCCGGCGCUGGAGCCCCAAACCACUGUAAUCCACAACCCAGAUGGAAACAAGGAGUCCACUGAGAGCUCCAACACGACCAUUGAGGAUGAAGAUGUGAAAGCGGCCAAGUGCAUAGAACAUGCAAAUGUAGAGGCUCACCCCCAGAAGUCUGCUUCUUCCCAGGCUACUGUUUCCUCUGUACAGUCACGGAAGCAAGAGAUUAUCAAAGUCACAGAGCAGCUGAUUGAGGCCAUCAACAAUGGAGAUUUUGAAGCUUACACAAAGAUCUGCGACCCAGGCCUUACCGCUUUUGAACCUGAAGCCCUAGGUAACUUAGUGGAAGGGAUGGAUUUUCAUCGAUUCUACUUCGAAAACGCUUUAUCUAAGGGCAACAAGCCAAUCCACACCAUUAUCCUGAACCCUCACGUCCACCUGGUCGGCGACGACGCCGCUUGCAUAGCCUACAUCCGACUGACCCAGUAUAUGGAUGGCAGCGGGAUGCCGAAGACCAUGCAGUCAGAAGAAACUCGGGUCUGGCACCGUCGGGAUGGGAAGUGGCAGAAUGUUCACUUUCACCGUUCGGGGUCACCCACCGUGCCCAUCAAGUAAAUAUUCCCCGGCAGGCGGCCUCCUUCAUACUAAAAAUCAACAGUGCCAGUCCUGCAUUCUCAGUUCGCAAGGAGCCUGGAUGGUAACCACCCAGGACUUCCCUCCUCUUCAUGCAUGUUUCCAAGUGCAUGAAGCUGUGAAGGUCCCACAUGUAAUGCAUAUGUGAUGCAUCAUUUUGUUGUAUAUUCCAUCUGUACAUUUUGUUUACACUUCAACCAGUGGGGAUGUUCCAGGCAAAUUCAAAUUGAUGAUGAGAUUAAAAAAAAAAAAAACCGUGGGGGGGAGGGAGGGGGCAGGGUGGGGAGAGGGAGGCAGUAACCCAACCACAACGAACCAAUUACAGCUCAUUUGUCAUUUUUCUCCGUUUAUGCCAAGUUUCGACAAACUUUCAAUUGAACACUCUCUAGACAGUUUGUAAAAGAAUUGUAAAUUUUUUAGAAUUCUAUACUUGCUAGUUUGUUUAAAAAAGAAAACAAAACAAAAAACCCUUCGGGUUUCUUUCAUGGUCAUAGUUGAGUUGGAUAUUUUCACUGACAGCUUUGUUACUGUAAAACGGUUUAAUCGCAACAGAAUGUGGACAACAGUUACUGACGAAUGUGGAAGCGAGAAGCUGUUGGCUUACUAACUCCGCAAAAGCCGUCUUAGUAAGUGCUCAAGCUGUAUAAACUGGAAAAAGAUCACAGCGUUGACCGGCUUGAUCUCGUUAGAAUGCCUUCAUGCCAUUCUGGUUAAUCGACUGUAUUCCAUCUUUCUCAAAUCUAUAUGCUAGAUCUGCUUUUAUGCUGAGAAUAUGUUGUGAGAGGGGGAAAGAGGAAAGUCGGGGACAGAUAAACAGUAAGUGGAAUAAAGAUUUCUGUAAGCUUGAAGAAUAAGGUAAAGUUUUGGAUCACAUUCAGGGUGUACAGUAAUUUUAUUAAGGAGACUAGAGGGUUUUUUAAUUUUGUUUCUGCUCUUGUUCUAACAUGGUUUAUGUGUUCUAAAUGUCGUAGAAAAAUCAGGCUUUUAAAAAGCUUAGACUGCAAACAAAUCGCGACCUGGUGUAGCUCUGAUAUUUCUCUCCUACCUGAGUGGCAAACAGGAGGUCACCAAAUUCAUAACACGUUAGCACAACGGUUUUGUGCCGCUACACCUGAUGUAUGGAAAAUCUGAUAUGCGGAAUGGUGCAGGGUCACUUGCUGUUUUUCUCUGGCUGCAGAGACCCGUAUAAACUUGGGGAGCCUUUUCCCAGGUCCAAGACCUCUCGAGAACCAAUAUUUUGUGACCCGAACUCUUCUGGCCUCUCCAGUAUAGCCACGGCAGUCUCUGCCUGAAAGCAGUUGGGGUUUUUCAACUUAAAGCGAAAAGAAAGGGAAACUCUAGGUGUUUUGGAUAGGCACCCCUUUUGAUCAUCUUUCAGUUCCUCUAGGACUCAGUCCCUCUCUUGCAAAGCUACCUAGUGCAUGAUGUCUCCAUCGGCGUUCUCUUUAGUGUAGACAGUUUACAACCUGCCGCAGCCUAUUUUUAAAAGCAGAACGAAACCCUUCCAGAUUUAUACCAUUUCACCUUUCUGUGUUGAUUACUAAUCCAAGUUCUUUAACACCUUUAGAUGUUGUUCUAGUGGAUGUAUGGUAGAUGGAUUGAAGCUUUUCUGAUCAUUAUCACAUGAUUUCAAACAAUAUAUAUUUAAAAUAAGCAUAAAGUAAAUGUAUUGAGCCAUGUUAACCUGCCAAUGGGAUCUGUGAAAAAGUAAUGGCCUCAUUUUUUUUUCAUUUUUUUUUUUGUGAAGCGGCUAUAAGUGGCAUAAGUGUAUUUCAAUUAAAAAAAUAGGUGUAGGGUGUUUUGGUUUUUUUUUACACUUUUAACAUAGCAUGUGGUGUUGAAGUAUUCCUGUAGAUCUUAUCUGUCCUCCACACUAAGACGUGAGGAAAUUGCAAGUCUUUCUCUCCACCACAAUUGAAUUAUACACCUAUAUUCUGUCAUUUGAAACACUGCAGUUUACCAUGGGACACAGUGUACAUAUUUCUUGCCAUAAUGGUAAAUGACCGAUUGAUAUAUUUAAGGAUGAAUAAAUUAGUGAUUUCUGCUGAAAA